GCCUCCAGGUCCUGCUCCUGCUGCCGCCGCCGCGGGGUACAGGAGCAGUCGCGCAGGGCAGCGCUCCCGGGAGCCCAGGGCCUGCAUCGGUCGGGGCGCCCCGAAGUCUGCUCAUUGUAUUUUUCAGGAAAAAGGAAGGGAAAAGAGAGUUCUAACCACAUGGAUUGGAGAAAAUCUGAAUUUUAAACUCAAAACCACAUUGUUUCUAUUACCACAAAUUGUGCUGCAUCUUCUCUUUCUUUAAAAAAAUUUUGGACAGCAAUUUUACACUGAAUAAGUAACACAAGGAAAGGUCAUCAGUAACAACUGACCUGCCACAAAGUUAGAAGAAAAGGAUUGACUCAAGAAAGACUAUAAUAUGGAUUUAGAGCUCAACAAGUAUUAUAACAAGACACUUGCCACAGAGAAUAAUACUGCUGCCACUCGGAAUUCUGAUUUCCCAGUCUGGGAUGACUAUAAAAGCAGUGUAGAUGACUUACAGUAUUUUCUGAUUGGGCUCUAUACAUUUGUAAGUCUUCUUGGCUUUAUGGGGAAUCUACUUAUUUUAAUGGCUCUCAUGAAAAAGCGUAAUCAGAAGACUACGGUGAACUUCCUCAUAGGAAAUCUGGCCUUUUCUGAUAUCUUGGUUGUGCUGUUUUGCUCACCUUUCACGCUGACCUCUGUCUUGCUAGAUCAGUGGAUGUUUGGCAAAGUCAUGUGUCAUAUUAUGCCUUUUCUUCAAUGUGUGUCAGUUUUGGUUUCAACUUUAAUUUUAAUAUCAAUUGCCAUUGUCAGGUAUCAUAUGAUAAAACAUCCUAUAUCUAAUAAUUUAACAGCAAACCAUGGCUACUUUCUGAUAGCUACCGUCUGGACACUAGGUUUUGCGAUUUGUUCUCCCCUUCCAGUGUUUCACAGUCUUGUGGAACUUCAGGAAACAUUUGGUUCAGCGUUGCUGAGCAGCAGGUAUUUAUGUGUUGAGUCCUGGCCAUCUGAUUCAUACAGAAUUGCCUUUACUAUCUCUUUAUUGCUAGUUCAGUAUAUUCUGCCCUUAGUUUGUCUUACUGUAAGUCAUACCAGUGUCUGCAGAAGUAUAAGCUGUGGAUUGUCCAACAAGGAAAACAGACUUGAAGAAAAUGAGAUGAUCAACUUAACUCUUCAUCCAUCCAAAAAGGGUGGGCCUCAGGUGAAACUCGCUGGCAGCCACAAAUGGAGUUAUUCAUUCAUCAAAAAACACAGAAGAAGAUAUAGCAAGAAGACAGCAUGUGUGUUACCUGCUCCAGAAAGACCUUCUCAAGAGACCCACUCCAGAAUACUUCCAGAAAACUUUGGCUCUGUAAGAAGUCAGCUCUCUUCAUCCAGUAAGUUCUUACCAAGGGUCCCCACUUGCUUUGAGAUAAAACCUGAAGAUAAUUCAGAUGUUCAUGAACUGAGAGUAAAACGUUCUGUUACAAGAAUAAAAAAGAGAUCUCGAAGUGUUUUCUACAGACUGACCAUCCUGAUAUUAGUAUUUGCUGUUAGUUGGAUGCCACUACACCUUUUCCAUGUGGUAACUGAUUUCAAUGACAAUCUUAUUUCAAAUAGGCAUUUCAAGUUGGUGUAUUGCAUUUGUCAUUUGUUGGGCAUGAUGUCCUGUUGUCUUAAUCCAAUUCUAUACGGAUUUCUUAAUAAUGGGAUUAAAGCUGAUUUAAUGUCCCUCAUACACUGUCUUCAUUUGUAAUAAUUCUCACUGCUUAUCAAGUAAAGAACAAAUGUUGAUGUCAUAUAAAGUAUAUUUAUAAUAACUAUUUAUGUAUAAUAAAUAUAAAUUCUGCUAAUAUGGAAUUUAAUUUAUGUGAAAGAAUUCUGGAUUUGAAUAUCAGUUCAUAAUAUAUGGAAGAUAAUUUUAUGUGUUGUCAUAGGAUUAAUUUACUUAGUUGUGCAGCCAGUGUCAAUCUAAUGUAUAAUUUCAUUUUAGAAAGUAGUUGUAUUACCUUUCACUUCCAUCCUAUCUUAUAAACAAGUGAAUUUUAUAUUUUGUUGAAACUAAAAGUUAUAUCUAACCA